GAGACUCUAAGCAUAAGCAAUGGCUGUCGGCGGAGGUAGUGGUGUUGGUGGUGGAAAGUCCGAUGAGUUCCAGCCAUUCCCUAUCAAAGACCAGCUCCCCGGUGUUGAUUUCUGCCUCUCCAGUGCUCCUUCAUGGCCUGAAGCAGUACUUCUAGGAUUUCAGCAUUACUUGGUAAUGCUUGGGACCACUGUCAUCAUAUCAUCUAUACUUGUCCCUUUAAUGGGAGGUGGAAAUGUGGAGAAAGCUGAUGUUAUUAACACAAUUCUAUUCGUAGCGGGUAUAAACACGCUAUUGCAAACGAUGUUUGGAACCCGGCUGCCAGUGGUGAUCGGGGCUUCUUAUGCUUACAUCAUCCCCUCCAUUUCCAUUGCUUUAUCCAGACGAUAUAACGUCAUCAUUGAUCCCCGCCAGAGGUUUAAAGCAUCCAUGAGAGACGUGCAAGGAAGUCUUAUUGUGGCAUCAUUCUUCACUAUGGCUAUUGGUUUCUUUGGUUUCUUGAGAAUUAUUGGGAGGUUUAUCAGCCCUCUUGCAGCUAUUCCUCUGGUGAUUCUAACAGGACUUGGGCUCUAUGCGCAAGGUUUCCCACAAUUGGCCAGAUGCAUCGAAAUUGGACUCCCAGCAUUGGUAGCAGUUGUUUUCUUAUCUCAGUAUGUUCCCCAUUGGCUCAAAUCCAGGAGAGGAAUAUUUGAACGUUUUGCAGUACUUCUCUCAGUUGCGAUUAUAUGGGCUUAUGCAGAAAUUUUGACAGCAGCUGGUGCUUAUGAUAACAGAGCACCACAAACUCAGUUCAGUUGCCGUACUGAUCGUUCUGGGCUCAUCAGCGCUGCACCUUGGAUAAGGUUUCCAUAUCCAUUUCAAUGGGGCAGACCACGUUUCAACGCUGGUGAUGCUGUUGCAGUGAUAGCUGCCUCUUUUGUUGCUAUCAUCGAGUCAACAGGUACAUUUAUUGCAGCAUCAAGAUAUGCAAGUGCCACUCCUAUGCCACCUUCUGUUCUUAGCCGUGGUGCUGGCUGGCUGGGAGUAGGCCUUUUGGUAGAUGGUUUAUUUGGUACUGGAUGUGGCUCCACUGCUUCAGUUGAAAAUGCAGGUCUUUUGGGACUAACCAGAGUUGGAAGUCGGAGAGUCAUUCAAAUCUCGGCCUUAUUUAUGCUUUUCUUUUCUGUAUUAGGAAAAUUCGGGGCUGUUCUAGCUUCAAUACCAUUACCAAUAAUGGCUGCUCUGUACUGCGUCCUCUUUGCCUAUGUUGCUUCAGCUGGACUUGGUCUCCUUCAGUUUUGCAACCUGAACAGCUUUAGGACUAAGUUUAUACUGGGAUUUUCUCUCUUCAUGGGUCUCUCGGUACCUCAAUAUUUCAACCAGUAUCUACUAGUCUCCGGCCAUGGCCCUGUCAACACUGGUUCUACAUGGUUCAACAAUGUUAUGCAAGUAAUAUUUUCAUCCCCAGCAACAGUGGCGAUCAUAAUUGCUUUCUUUUUGGAUAGCACCCACAGUUACGGGCAUAGCUCGAUUCGAAGAGAUAGUGGACGGCAUUGGUGGGAAAAGUUCAGGACUUACAGUACAGAUACAAGGACUGAAGAAUUCUAUUCCUUGCCUGCUAAUCUUAAUAGGUUCUUCCCUUCAUUCUAAUCUAAUCUAUUCUCUUUCCCGGCAUAUGCAUGAAAUAAAAGCUCAAAUUCAGUGAUAUUAG